AUGUGGGGGCGGGCAAACCGAUCGGUGUGUCUCCUCGGUCAAUUCAAAUUAAUCCAAACCAUGAAACAAGAAAUUCCAGACAGACACAGAUUCCUCAAUCAUCAAACAGUCCUAACACACCUACAAAUACAUACAUACAUACAUGUCCCAAUGAAGCAGCUAGUAUCAUCAUCGAUGACGACGAUGAGCGAAGGCGAGUGGAUUCUGCUGGAUUUCAUGCCAAGCAUGUUUGGGUCCAGAGUCAGGAUUGCACUCGAAGAAAAGGGAAUCAAUUACGAGUACAGGGAAGAAGACUUACCCCAGAAAAGUGCACUCCUCCUCCGAACGAAUCCAGUGCACGAGAAGAUCCCCGUCCUGAUACACAAUGGACAGCCAAUAUGUGAGUCUCUCAACAUACUCGAGUAUAUUGAUGAUGUGCAUAGCACCCCACACCCUCUCCUUCCUUCCGACGCCUAUGGAAAAGCUCGAGCACGGUUUUGGGCAGAUUUCAUCGACAAGAAGCUUCAAGUAUCGGGUAUGAAGGUAGCAUGGUACAAGAGCAAACAGGAGUUAGAGGAAGGGAAAAAGGAGGUGAUGGAUUGCUUAGAACUAUUGGAAGAGGAACUCGGACAGCAGCCCUAUUUUGGAGGGGAAGCCUUUGGGUAUCUAGAUGUGGUUCUCGGGGGAUUUUGCAGCUGGUUUUAUGCCUAUGAAGCUUUCGGAAAUAUAAGCAUAGGGAAGAACUGCCCUAAUGUGAUGGCAUGGGCUAAGAGGUGUAUGGAUAGACCGAGUUUCUCCAAAUCCCUCAUGGAACCCGAAAAGCUAAUUGAUUUUGUGGUAAACACUCGAAAGAAGGGAGGGCUCGAUUAGAAGAACUAAUGUUUAAUAAUAAAAACAAGCAUGUCGACAACCAAUGUUAUCAUAUAUCAAUGAUGAAAUUAUCAAUUUUCAAGAA